UGCGCUAUUGGCAUACAGUGAGAGAGAAAAUCCGCUUGUGCUCGACUGCGAAUGAAAGAGCGUCGCCGUCCUUCCUCCAACGCAGUCGAUGGCAACAACAUUCGACGUACCAACGGCGACCGCAUCGAACACGCAAAAAUGGGGCGAGGAGGAGGAGGAGGACGCCAUCUAUAGCGUCACACUCAAACGAGUCCGCUACUACUCGGACAACAGCGUCAAUCCGGACGACGACGAGCCGGUCGCUCAGUUGCUAUGGCAGACAUGUAAGGUGCGCACACUGCGCGCGGCGACACUCGACCGCCUGAUCGCCAAUCUCGCACCCAACGAGGAGGACAUCGAUCCGACAUACAUACAGAUGUUUCUAUGUACGUAUCGUGCGUAUACCGACACGGCAAGCGUGCUAGAGAAGCUGAUCAAGAGAUACCACGGCGGUGGUGCGAACAACGGGCGUGAGUUGAUUGAGAGGAGCGUUCGUACUGUGUUGCGCAUGUGGAUGGAUCUUUAUCCGGAUGAUUUUGAUUCGCCGCCGUAUCAUCGUGCGCUCAUGACGCUCAUCAAGUUUGUUGAGGAGGAGAUACCUUGUGGAGCGAUGGAGGAAGUGGGGACGAGGAGCAAGAAGUUGUUUUUGCAUUUCUCUACUGCUGUCAAUGAGGCGGAGAUUGGACAGAAGGAUCCCGAUUGUGUCGAUCCCAAUCGAUCGCAUUUCAACUUUCUCUCUUUCCAGCCAUCAGACGUUGCCUGUCAACUGACCAUCAUAGACUCAAAACUGUUCUGCCAGGUUGUUCCGUAUCAGACAAUGGGUUGUGUGUGGGGCAAACGCAAUAAGUCACAGUUGGCUCCGACUGUCCUUCGGACUGUACAACAGUUCAAUCGUAUUAGUAUGUUGGUUGUGACGAGUAUAUUGUUUGAGGGGAAAUUGGGUGAGAGUUCGUCUGAGCAGAUGCACGUGAAGGGGCCGCAUGCUCGAUCUAAGGUGAUCAGUAGGUGGCUUGCUGUGGCAUCGGAAUGUCGUCAAAUGAAAAACUUUGCAUCACUAAAAGCCAUUCUCUCUGGCCUACAGUCGUCUCCAAUCCACAGACUAAAGAAGACAUGGGCUGUUGUUUCAAAGGACAAUAAGGAAGUGUUUGAUGAAUUAUCGGAAUUGUUUUCUCAAGAGAAGAACCAGCAGAACACACGCCAACUUCUCAUGAAGGAAGGCACUGCAAAAUACUCACAAACAGCAAAGAAGAAAAAAGUUGACUCCAAUCUCAUUCUUGGUGUCGUUCCGUAUCUUGGAACGUUUCUGACUGAUUUAAUGAUGAUUGACACGGCGUAUCCGAGUAAAGUGAGGGGAGAUCUGAUUAACUUUGAGAAGCGGAGGAAGGAAUUUGAAGUGCUAGCACAGUUGACGUUGUUUCAAAAGGCAGCAGCAAACUACGUCAUUCCUGAAGACAAACAUCUUCAAGAAUUAGUAAUGAAUGUUGAUCUGCUGUCCGAACAGGAAAGUUAUGAGAUGUCGUGUAAGGUUGAGUCGAUGGAGUCGGAGGGUGACGCUAGCCCUCAGAAAGGAGGGACUUUUACACAGAAAUUCAGGAGUCUUUUCACUUCUAAACCGAUAACUUUGCCUUCGGAUUUGUCAAUUUCUGAGCCGACGACUCCAACUGGUAUAUCAUGUCAUGAUGUGGCUGUUAAAGUUCGUGAUCGAAGCAAAACUCUUCCAGACCAUCGUAGGAUGAGCUUGGAUAUCUGUGAGAAGCAAAACAAGUUGGAAACACGUCUGUCAUUGAGUAAUACAUUAUCACCUACAAGUUGUAUCAUACGAGUUGCUAUGAGUGAAUCAGGAGACACACACUGCAUGUACAAGAGUUUGUUGUUGAAGUGUGACGUUCGAACUCCUACGGUCGUUGCCAUGGCAUUAGAGAAGCUUGGCGUUGAUGGUCUUGCAAAGGACUAUAAUUUGUUGCAAUUAGUCAAUCCAAAGAAGAAGCUGCACAUUCCAAAUGACGCAAAUGUCUAUUACGCCAUGGACACGUCUGCUCAACAGCUAAGAUUCGUGUUAGAGAGAAAACAACAACAACAACGAUCAGUAUCUCAGGACAACUUGUUAGGUGUUCCCAGUAAUAGACGUCACACUCGCGCACGCUCAGUUAGUCCUUCCAUGAGUGAACUGACGUUACCAGAGAAAAUGUCUGUGGGAGCUUCAUGGAUGCAAAAUUUACCGAUAUCAGGUGUCCAGUUGAAUCAGAGUCGAUCAACGGUUGAUUUAUUGAGUUCUCCUGUCAAACAGCAGCUGUUUCGUCCGUCUCAGAUGACGUGUAUUGUUAGAGUUGCUUUGGACUGUGCAGAAUCAACAGCAUGCCUAUACAAGAGCAUGUUGCUCACAUGUAACGAUCACACUCCAGCUGUGAUCACUUCUAUGAUGGACAAGUUGGCUAUUGAUGAUGAACCGAAAGACUACGAUCUCGUCUAUGUGACAGACGCAAAGAAGAGGAUAGUGAUUCCUCAUGAUGCCAAUGUGUUCUACGCGAUCGACAACAAUUCGGACACGGUGAAACUCCUGCUCUCGAGAAAGACGGACAGACCGGCUUUGAAGAUCACCGUCAAUGGAUCAGCAAGUACCAAUUCGACGAACAAAUUGAGGAGACUCAUAAGCCCAGACCCAACAACUUCAUCACUACAGACUUUACAUUCUAAUGGUGGAUUGAAGUUGAGUCGAUCGAAUGUUGACUUGUCGCGCAGUCCGCCUCCUGAGCAGCAGCUGUUUGGUCGUUCAGAGACAACGUGUGUCAUUAGAGUGGCUCAUGAUACAGAAGAGGAUGCUUGUGUGUACAAAAGUAUGCUGCUCACGUGCAACGAUCGUACCACAGCAGUCAUCACUUCCGCAAUAGAGAAACUCGGCAUCCACGGCGAACCGUCCGACUACGAUCUCGUCUUCCUACAAGACGGAAAGAAACGUGUGUCUAUCCCUCCUGGUGCCAACGUAUUCUAUGCCGUCGACAACACGAUAGACAAUCUCCAGUUUGUGCUAUCACACAAGGCAGACAAGUCGUCCUCCACCUCAGUCUCGGAAAAUGGCUCAGCUGUCAAGCUUUCUAGACAUUCAAGCUUCAACCGAUCACGUUCCAUGUCUCCUGAUUCUUCGGCAUUAACGAGCUCUUCUCAAUUGUCAAACAAGUUGAGUCGUUCAUCGACCAAUUUGAGUAUCGUCGACUCGUCGAUUGCCGUUGUUCCACCGUUUGGUGGGAGGAAUGUGCCGUUCACAACACUGCCGACCAGUCAGAUCAUUAGAAUCGCUCACAGACAGUCGGAAAUAAAGAGUUGUGUGUACAAGAGUCUGAUGUUAACAUGUGACGACCGAGCAUCCUCCGUAAUCGAAGCCUCAAUGGAAAAACUCGGUCUCGACGGUUUGCCAAACCAGUACGUUCUCAUACAAGAAAUCGAACCGAGAAAGUUGCUACGUUUCCCUCACAAUUCGAACGUAUUCUACGCGAUGGACAGCUCUGCUAAUCAGUUCAGCUUUCUGUUGGAACGACGACAGCCCAAGGAUGUUCGUCUCUAGUGCUCGCUCGUGGUGGCAAUAGAAAGGUGAUCACGUGACCUUCAGUGUGUUGGUGUAUUAUCGUUGUACGUAGUGUAGAUAUUGAUAUUAAUAUUAGAGGUAUGUAUAUGAGAUAUUAAUAUUACUUGAGGAUGUCUCAUGUUUGAUAGUUUUCUAGACUGGAUUAUUGAUGAUGACAUAGCCCUAUUUAGAUAAUAUUUGAUAUCAACUACAA